AUGCCACCAAAGCUAAACCUCACAUCUAAAGAGCGGGCAUCACGAAAGAAGGCUCUUAAGCAAAAGUCAAAUAGAGCCUAUAAAAGCUUUAUAAAGGGUAUACUAAGUUUAACUAGUAAGCAACUAGAAUAUCACUUCUACCCCACACCUACCAGUUCUCAAAACCUUAAACCUGUGCCUAUAAUACCACCAGUAUCUUCGGUUAUCACGCCCGCAAUUCCUCUAAAUCUUAUACCGCCAUUACCUAUACCUCUACCAGUAUCCUCUAAUACUGCAGCCCAGCUUCCCACACGAAGCCCUAGAGUCCCAACUAGCCUCCUACCACUCCAUAUACUACAGUCCGGACCCAGAACUAUAGAUGCUACAACGCCACCAACACAGCAUUCUAGCAUACUACUAAUAAUAUUACUAAGUCUAGCAUACAAGAAUACCUACACGACUCUAGAAGCGCCUUCCACUCUUAGCCUUAAGGGCUUAGCUAUUGAGGAUCUAGAUAUCACAACGGAAUUCGGCUGUGAUAGAACUAAGCAAGCUCCCUCUAUUUCAGACUCAUUUAACUUUUCUCCAUGGAUUAAUACCGACUUCGCCGCACUUUUAGACGACAUUUAUAUUAGCGACAAUCCCCAUAGUCAUAGAGAUACAUCACCUGCACCUUCAGCAGUCGAUUUAGACCGAGUCGCCCAUUAA